CCCCCAAGGUGCCUUAGUAGAGGGCUACCGCCAUCUAGUGGUAACAGCCGGCGCGUCGAGUUGUUGAAGCGCGCUAUCAUGCAUUAGCGCGCGUCGAUAACUCGAGUCACCACUAGAUGGCGGUAGCCCUCUAAGGCACUGAGGGACUUAGGCUGGAAAAUUCUUAUACAUUACGCUUCGUCUCCUGUAUGUAGCCUCCGUGGUAUACGAGCUGUAAAAGAAUUACAAGUUAUUUUUUCUGAAAGUACUCCAAUAAAGUUCGUUAAAUUUGCUAUUGAGACAUCAAAAUAAAGUAAAGUUGCUAAAUAUGAUAGAGUCUUGCUCCAAAAAACGUAUGCUAUUGGGCAUAACUUUAUUAGGAGGGUUGACCAUUUUGGUUUUGAUAGUUGAAAGUCAUUGGACAGACGCCAAAAGUGGUAAUGUGAUUGUUGAGACUAUUGAGGCUAACAGCACAUGUUUAUCUGGUGAAGAUUUCAAAGUGAUUUGGGAGUGCCAUCCAUGUUCUGCCUUUGAAAUUGCCAGCCAAAGUAUUGGAGUUUGUUCCAAAGCACGGUACAAAGAAGUAGUUGAAUGCAAAUCUGGAGAAAAAAUUACCAGAAGUUGUGAUAAAGUUGCAUGGUUGGAGGAGAGAGCUUUUUGGAAAUUUGAAAGUUUUAUGUUUGCUGGAACAAUUUUAUCUUGUUUAAUAUUGUUUUGGAGAGAAAGUAUCCUCAGAAAGCGAAUCAUAAAAAAUGUGGCUAGACAGUUGAGAGGUAGCGUUUAA